AUUCCAUUGACCCCGCAACGGCCACUACACUUCUUACAAUCAUGCCGUGGACUACAACCGAGCAAUCGCCGAACACUCUCACCCGGCCCCUUGGCCCUAACGAGGUGUUCAUCAAGCUUGUCAGUGAUUUUGGCCACCCACUAGGCCGUGAACACUGGGCAGUGAACUACACUAUCACCAUCCGUCCCCGCGGGGACUUCGCAGCCGAUCUCCUCCCAGCCCUGAUCCGCCACAGCUGGUUGCAUCUGCGCUUCCAACACCCUAGUCUAGCCGCGCAUCCAGACUCUUCCAACGCCAACCUCGUGUACACAAUUCCUGACUCUGCCGAUACCCUCAACCAAUGGGCGUCACAAACCUUCUUCAUCAAGUCGGAUGCCCAAUCCGCCGACGAUGUGAUCCGCACCAUCGCACCCGCCCCUGACGCCCAUCUCUAUUACAUCCCAAAAUCCUCGCAAAUCCUCCUGCACACAGCACACUGGCGCACUGACGGAGUAGGCGGCUUCCUCCUCCUCGGCCAGCUCGUCGAUCUAAUGUCCACUCACGCCGACACCAUUCUCUCAGGGAACCUUCCCGACGCCUUCGACGCCUUCACCUGGGGAACAGAAACCACCCGACUAUCCCUAUCCGUCGAAGAAGCCGGCAACAUGCCCCUAACCCCGACAUACGAGCAAAAGGACACCGCACAGGAAGCAGUAGAGACCUUCGCCUACGCCCAAGGCGCCGUCGGAAUCCCAUACACGGGAGACGCCACCACCAUCCCGACGGGCACCCGAGCCGCCGAGCUAACCUUCACCCCGGCGACCACCGCCGCUGCUCUCUCCGCCACGAAAGCCCGGGGCCUCGGCAUCACUGCCGCCACGCACGCAAGCGUCGCAGCAGUAAACUUCCGGCAUGCUAUCCCCGAGCACCGUGCCCAGGGGCGUCACUACACCAGCACUAUCCGGCACACGCUGCGGCCGUAUAUGCCCCAACCAUACUCCGGUCCCGCGGGAGCCGCCACGCUGUUCACCACCGGUUGGAUGUACCGCGUCGACGCCUCAAGUACCUGGGAAGAGAAUGCGCGCAAUUAUCACGCUGAAUAUCGCCGGGGACUUACUGAAGAGUAUGUUGUCGCUCAUCGCGAAUAUGCGACCAUGUUGGUGAAGUUGCUGCGGAACCUUCCGGCGCCGGAUGAGCCGCCGAGUGAUGUUGAUAUCAGUAGUCUAGGGGUUCUAGAGAAGUAUUUGCAGAGGGAGUAUGGAAGUCCCGAGAGUGGGUUUAGUAUCUUGUAUGCGGGGCUUGGAGUGGAGAUGCUCGCAAGACAGGGAGUGGUGUAUGUUUGGACGUUUCGGGAUCAGUUGACGUUGAGGGUAGUGUUUAAUGAGGCGUAUCAUACGGAGGAGCAGAUGGAAGAGUUUCUGAGGGAUGUUAAGGCGGAUUUGUUGCGGGAGUUGGGGGUGGAAGAGUAGUGGUUGCUACAUUGGGAUGAGGUCAAGAAGAGGAGGGUUCUUAUGAUUCUUCUAAUGUUUGUGAUAUCUGCUUG